AUGAGCCAAGAGUCCCAACAGUAUCAACAGAACUUGAUCUCUGGUGACCUCCAGGAUAUCAUUUACAGUUACCAAGCACAUCCUGAACUACUUAAACUCAUUUUAUUAAGUAAGUUAGAAGAGGACAAAAGAAGGGCUGAAGAAGCCAAGUUACGAGCCAAGGAGCUGGACCUCAUAUUAUUACAACAACAGGAUCAAUACCAGCAUCAGCAACACCAAUAUGAUACUACACUCAAUCUUAGCAAUGAAAAUUCUAAUAUACCAACUCUACAUGGCAUAACUUCAAACAAUGACAAUAUAAACACUAGUUUUGUGCAGUCUACUCCUCCAUUAAGUAGUAGCUCGUCGAUAGACGGCAGAUCAAUAUUUCAAUCUCGGCCAAGCUUAGAUGUUCUGCUAACAAACAACACCAGUACUUCCAAUACCCAUGUUGCAUAUUUAACAUCACAACAGCAGCAAUGGGCGUUCAGACGGGAAUCUGUACUCUGCUCUUCUUUUAAGGGAAGCGCAGCAGUGCCCGGCGAGUUUGUUGACCGUCCAUUUUCACCUACAACGCCCAGUACAGUAACCACAAGCACAACAAAUGCAGUACCUACACCUGUGACAGCUACACCAACCUUCACAGCGUUAAAUAGACCUCGAAGGAGAAGGGAAAUGCAAGCUAUAACAAAAAUUGUAGAAACACGUGAAUACCCAUAUAACGACGGUUAUUUCUGGAAGAAUAACGGUAAUACCGUACAGAAGAAGACUGGUAACAAAAGUGUAUACUAUAAAUGCUCUAAUAGCACUAAGGGCUGUCCUGUUAAUAAAACAGUAACAUGGAAAGACAAUGGCGAGUUCUUGAUUAAAUACCGGGGUGAACAUUUGUCCGAUUGCAACAAGGUGCAAAGAAUAGUAGAUAUUUGA